AUGACUCUUCUCGUUUGCCAUUAUUGUGGAGGUUUGAUCGCUCAGGAAAGUUUGCAAGCCCAUCUGGUGCAGUGCUCCUCGGAGUGGCAUACAAGGCAAAAACAAUUGAUCCCAGAGUUGCAGAGAGCAUAUCCUCCAAGGGAUGUUCCGAACAUGCUGUAUCCUUCUUCCGAAUCAGACAAAAAAGCAAUUGAAAAGUACAAUUCUUUUGCAAAAGCACUGUAUUUGCAGGACAGUUUAAAUCCUUGUCCUUCAUGUUUGCAUUUGUUUCCAGCCCAAGAGUUGGGAGCACAUUUUAUUUCAUGCAAUAACACUCCACAAAAAGAAACACCAAUGAUAAAACCUCAACGAUCUGUUUCACCAGAAAAGCCAAAAUAUUCACCCGAUCGAUCCAAAGAAAAGUUUGAAGCCUUAUCGUCUCAGCAUUCUGGAAAAAAUGUUGCGAGAUCACAUCAGCCAAGCACGAAUGUUCAUUCCUCACAAAUCGAUCAGUUUUUACCAACUCGAGAAACAAAUGUGCCAGCAAGCGUCGACAAAAGAAAAGUUCCCACUCGAGAUUUAAAUGGAAAACCAAUUGCUUACUGCUGUCAUUUAUGUGGAGGGGAAUAUCUAAAUGUUGGAUCAUUGACAUUUCACAUUCCUAAAUGUCUUGAGAAACGGAUUACCUCACAAAAAGAGCUUCCAAAGGAAUACAGAACUAAGGCUCCUCACGCUCCAACUGUGCCCAUUCCAGAGGACCGUUUAGCUGAAGAUUUUUUGUAUCGUCUUGAGGAAUAUAAUCAACAGGCUUACCGAAUUUAUGAGCAAAGUUCAAGAGUUCAAUGUAAAUAUUGUGGAAGGAAAUUUAACCCUGAAAGUUUGAUGGUACAUGUUCGAGCUUGUGAAAAAGCUCAAGAAAAACAGAACAACGUGACACCAUUCACCUCUCCAAUGAGCACUGGAUCUUCCAUCAAUAUGAACAACACUCCUGUUGGAGGCCAUAAACCAAAUGGCUCUCUCGCUUCAGGAAAUUACGUAGAGAUUGAACGUGCAGAAUGCUCGAAAUGUGGCAGAAAGUUUGCAUUAGAUCGACUGCCUAUCCAUGAGAGCAGUUGCAAGGGAAUUGGUUUGAAAAAGGAGAACAAUCCUCCAGCGAGCAAAAUUCUGACAGAACGAGCCAAGAAUUUUGGAAUUGAGCAUGACAAGCCUAAAACAACCAGCGAGAGUGUUUCUUUGUCCACACCUCCGUCAUUUAGUACAGCCAUGUUUAGACAAUCUCUUCAUGCAGACGACGAUCGAGUUGCGUGCCCAAACUGUAAUCGCAAAUUCAACCCUGAUCGAAUUGAGAAACAUGUUUCGGUUUGCAAAGCAAGAGUUUAUUAG